GACGGGGGUUGAACGUGCUUUUAGACCUUCGUCAUGUUGAUUCGCUCUCAAUGUUGAUUUAAUCAUGGAGCUGAAAGCAACAUGUGCUCUUCUUCUGCUCAUCAUGUGUGUCACCAUCUUCACCAGCACUGAAGGUUUCGCCUGUUGUUUGGAUGUUUCAAAUAAAAUCCCCCCAAAACUGCUGAGAAAGGUCUCUAGAUAUGAAAAACAGAAGAAAUCUGGUACUUGUGACAUUGAUGCGGUGGUACUUUACAUCGACCACAGAAGAAUCUGUGCACAUCACAGAGUGCUGAAAGCCUUGAAGAAAAUAAAGAGAGAACAACGACGGACGCAGAAGGUUAAUGCAGAGAAAUAAACAUGUGCUGAAAACUCAAAGUCCAGCAGAAAUUCAUUCAUGGGCAUUAAUUACAGUUUAUUUACUUCAUUUAUUUCCACUAGUAAUAUCAUUUCUUAUAUCAUUCAUGCAUGUUAUUUGUAUGUAGUGGAUUUCCUUCAGUUCAGUGUUAUCUGUGUUUCUUGGUAUUGGACAUGUAUGUAUUCUGACUUGGAGAUGUAUUGUUAAGAAAACUCAAAAUGUACUCAGUAUACCUAAUAAAACAUCUAGAUGUUGAGGCAACUA